AUGACCGCUGCGUCCCCGGCAGCUCCUCCGCCCGUCGGAGAAAACGGGGUCAACCAUGCGAUGAACAUGCCGCGCUUCCAUCCCAUUGCCAUCAACCCAAACAACCAACCCCAGACGUCUUCAGCGCAACAUCCACCGCCAUACCGCUCGUUUGGGGAGCAGCAGCAUGGUCUGGCUGCUCCUGCUGCGACGCUUCCCCCGCCGCCGCCGUAUCAUGCGCCUUCAACAUUGCUUCCGCAGCAGCAGCAGCAGCAACAACAACUUCCUCCGCCGCAUCAUGCUCAUGCUCAUGCUCAUGCUCACCAACAUCCACAUCAACAUCAACAUCAACAUUUACAGCACCCUGCACAUUCAGGGCCUCCGCCGCUUCAGCAGGGCCAUCAGCCAAUGCCGUUACAGCUCGACCAUAUCGAAGCGCGUUUACGACAGAUAGAACAUGAAGAAUCAAACCGAUCGGCUGCUCGGGCACACUUGCUCUCCGUACGGAAACGAGAAGAUGAGGAAUUCCGGAUGAUCACCGAGCGGGCAGAAGCAGAAGAGGAGGAAUUACGGCGACGGAAAAAGAGAAUCAAGAGAGAGUCGAUGGGACUCACAGUGGACGGACAGAUGGAAUCGCCUCCACAACCACCCUCGCGCCGACUGUCAGAAACAAGCGCUGCCACGACGCUGGCUUUCUUCAAGCAGCAGAGCCCACCAGAACCUCGACAACCUGAGAUGCGACCCCCGCCACCGACGACUAUCAUCCAACAACAACAGCCACAGCAGCAACAGCAACAGCAACCGUCACAGCAGCAGCAGCAACAACAGCAACCACCGCCACCAGCGCCGAUGGCGACCACGGCAGCCAGGGCCGGUCCGAUGCUGAGCAUGAACAUGUCCAUGAACGGACCAGGCCCAUUCCGCAAGAAACAAAAAUACACCAUCAAAAACGCCGAAGCCUGGGGCGAACGACACGGCCGACCAGCCACUCGCGACCCCGCGGGACGAGCGCUAUGGAAAAGACCCUCGGAUGGCCAGUUGGUGUAUCUAGACUGCCCAUCGCCAGACUGCGGCAAAUCCGACUUUCUCACGCUGCACGGCUUCAUGUGCCACCUGACCAAAAAGCACAAGGAUCGCAGCAUGGGCAGUCAAUCGCGUGCGCUGGAUCUGUGCGGAACCGUGUACGACCCGAAUGCGCCGCGCGCUCAACGGCCUGGUAUGAAGCGUGGCUCGACCGAGGGCAGUGCGGCUGGAUCGAUGCAUACGGAGGAGCCAGAGGAUGACUUUUCGUCUGGUUCGGAUGAUGAACAUGGGUCCCGAUCACAGUCACAGCUGCGACAACAACAACAACAGCAACAACAACAGCCUCAGCCAGAGGUGAAAAAGGAGGAUUUGUCUGCCAUCAGUCCGCCCGAAAUAGCAAUAAAUGGGAUUGUCUCCGCUCCGCCGCCGUCGGAUUCACCGCAGCAGUCGAGCAGCUCCAACAAGGCCAGCAUUGCCUCGAUGAUUGACAGCAAUGUGCGAGCAGAGUCGUGGCGGCCGUCAGAGCCAGCGCCGAGUGUAAAAGAAGAACCGGCGCCGGAGCCUGCUUCUAGCGAAGUCAGGGAUUAA